AUGUACACCUAGCACGACUUGCUGGUGUCCAAAGAGUGCUGCAACCACGUGGGCUGGAACAGGACUCGAACGAUUUUCCCUGCACAAGGAUCUCGCCGUUUGGUGUUUGGCGCUUUGAAAAAUCUCGGAACCUGCUGCCGUGGUCGUGGUGGUGUAGAGCGCAAGGGUGGUGCCGUCUUCUGUCCUGGUGGUGCAACGAACGAGCAGCCCUCAACAGCAACAUAAUGCAGUUACGCAGAGUUACCGAAGCGUCGUGGGCGUCGGCCAUCGCGUUGACGAUCCUGCUGCUGGUUUUCGCCUCAACAAUCGACACAACAUCCGCCCUCAGUUACCGAGGCUACAAACAGGAGAUGAAGGAACAGCCCGACGAUGUACUGAUUGAUCUCAUUGCACGAUACGGUCACACGAUGCUAAGAGCCAAAGAUGAGCUAGAGAACUCCAAACGAACGGUAGACUUCGGACUUUCACGCGGAUAUUCAGGCGCCCAGGAAGCGAAACACCGAAUGGCCAUGGCGGUCGCCAACUUUGCCGGCGGCCCUGGGCGGAAACGAAGGUUCGAAGGAAUCAUGCUGUAAAUUACUGACCACCGAUGCGAGCCGAACCACCAUUCCUGUCAUGUUAUCAUGAAUUCACGUGCAAUACACGACCACAGUGUGUAACGGGAUGCAAAAUCGACGAAAAUAAGCCUCACAACACAAUCAAUUCGAGCAAUACAACCGCUUUUUGUCUUCUGUCUAUUGUUGAACGUAGAGUUUAAAAUAAAUUAAAGCCAGUUUUGAUAGAAAUGUAUCAAUGAUGAUGUA